AAAACAGCAUUACUAUAAAAGCCCGCCAUUUCAUCUCAAAUUACGUUUUUUCUCUGUUCACAAACAUACUUCACUCUCUCUCUCUUGACAAGCUCCAAUUUCUCAGAUAUGGCAUCUUCUGAUAAUCCCGAAGUCGUCGAUAGAGGUUUUAAGGAUAAAGAUGACAAGGAUGAAGAGAAAGGUGGAUUUAUUGACAAAGUUAAGGACUUCAUUCACGACAUUGGCGAAAAAAUUGAGGGGGCAAUUGGUUUUGGCAAGCCAACUGCCGAUGUUACAGACAUUCAUAUUCCUUUAAUCAAUUUAGAAAAGGCAGACCUUGUUGUUGAUGUGCUUAUUAAGAAUCCCAACCCUGUUCCAAUCCCUCUUAUUGACAUCAACUACUUGAUUGAAAGUGAUGGUCGGAAACUUGUUUCUGGAUUAAUUCCAGAUGCUGGGACUAUUCAUGCACAUGGCGAAGAGACUGUCAAAAUACCGCUUACUUUGAUUUAUGAUGACAUUAAGAGUACUUACAAUGACAUUGAGCCUGGAAGUAUCAUUCCUUACAGGAUCAAGGUUGACCUUCUUGUAGAUGUUCCAGUUUUUGGACGGAUAACUCUUCCCCUUGAGAAAACCGGAGAGAUUCCAAUUCCUUACAAGCCUGAUAUUGAUAUUGAAAAAAUACGCUUUGAGAGAUUCUCUUUUGAAGAAACUGUUGCUGUACUCCAUUUGAAGUUAGAAAACAUGAAUGAUUUUGACUUGGGCCUCAAUGGAUUAGAUUAUGAGGUUUGGCUAUCUGAUUUGAGCAUCGGGAGUGCAGAACUUGCCCAAUCUACCACAUUGGUGAAAAAAGAAAUAAGUUAUAUUGACAUUCCUAUCACCUUUAGGCCUAAGGACUUUGGUUCUGCAAUGUGGGAUAUGAUUAGAGGUAAAGGCACUGGCUACACUAUGAAAGGACAUAUUAAUGUGGAUACACCUUUUGGAGCAAUGAAGUUGCCUAUAAGCAAGGAGGGUGGCACAACUCGUCUCAAGAAGAACAAGGAAGAUGGCGGUGAUGAUGAUGAUGAUGACGAGGAGUAAAUCAUGCUGUAACGAAUGUUCCAUCGAUCUAGUUGCUCUUCAACUACUAGUAGCCCCAGUAUAAUAAUUUAUUCGUAGGCUUUUGAAGGUUCCGCAUCUUGUUGUUUUAUAUGCGUGUUUAGCAGAGAAGCUAGUACCUUCAAUUGUGCAUUUGCAUCUGCGUUGUUGUGUUUUCUAUUGCAUAAUGUACACUUCUCAAACACUUGUAUACUCUGAUAUCAAAUCUGUGUGUUGGUUGUGUAUUUUAAUAUUCAGAUUUCAGGUUA